CUACUUCCCCCCAGCCCAGUCCUCCUCAACUCCUCCACUUCGCCCUGGGGCCACAUCUGGCCUCUCAGCUCCGGCCCUGGCCAGGGCAGGGUGACUGGCUCAAGCCUGGGGAUUCCUCCAGGUCUCUCUCCGAAGCCUACCUCCAGGCAGGGUGGUGGGAGGAGCGUUCUCCUGGAGGAGGCACUUCCCCUCUGGCUUCUCCAGCCACUAGCUCUUCCCUGUCCACUUUGGAGCCUUCCUCUCCAGGGGCAUUGGGGGUGGUGGUGCUGGGAAUGCCAGGCAGGCAGAGUGCUGGGGUCAGGCACUGUGGCUGUCACCUGCCAGCAGUGCAGACUCUGGAUGAGGGGUUUAGGGAGCUGACGUUUUGUUGGGGGUAUAAUUGGGUCCCCAAUGGAGAAAGCCAUCUUAUUUCCAGUCUUGCCCAUGGGACACCACACAGGGUUGCCCCUGGGCCUCUCAUGUGAGUAUAGCCUCUGAGUUCUGUCCCUUCCACCCCAGUCUGGACACCCACACCUUGGCUCCUGACAGAUGUUCUGGCCCCUUCUGGGUCACCAGAGCCACCAGCCCCCUGGGAACAUGAGGUCCCUGUGUCCACCAUCAAACUGACCCCUUGAUUCCUGGCCCAUGCCACUUGGCCCCUCUGGUGGGUUCUUUAUUUUUCCUGGCUCCCUGUGUCCUUUCCAGCCUUGGGCUGGGUUGGCUCCCUUUCUGUGUUCAGUCCACUUGGGGUACCCUUCCACCUCGCAGUCACACUUGGGCCUCAUCCCACAAGUUCAGCCACCUCCAUCCUUGGUUUCAUCCAGCCUCCCACUUCUACCCACCCCCACCCAGGGGCCUAUCCAUGUCCUCUGUUUAACCAAGGGCUCUGGGCCUCCUCCUCGGUCACCUCCCACCUCUGUCUGUGCUGGCGUCACUCUGCCAUGCUCCUGAGUGCCCACAGAGCUGGGAGGUUCUGCCGAUUGUGAUCCACCUUCCCCUGCGGAGACUGAGGCUCAGAGAGGCUGGGUGCUCCACUCAGUGGGGACAGGGAGCUGCCACAGACCCUGGUGCUGCCCCCUGUUCCCCCCUUAGCCAUUUCAGGCUUUCUCUUCUCAAACCCUGGCCCCUUGCUCUGGGCCGUAGUCCACACUACAGAGGUCAGAUGGACACUGUUCCUCUUCUUUCUAGAGCUCUUCCUGUGCUCCUGGACUCCAGUUCUCAGGUCAUGUCUGCUGCUCCAUCUGCCCACCAGGCCCUUGGCUUCACCCUUCCAUGUUUCUGCCCACGGGUCUGGCUUUAAGUGCUGUGGUCACCCAGUUGCCUUUCCAUUUUGGUGCCACUGUUUCUGUGUCCCACUCUGUUCCUAAACUGCAGCCAGAAGGUCAUGUUCAGCAUCACACUGGGUUUCAACCCUUCUAAAGUGGCUCUUCAGAUCAAAUUGGUCCUUCCUCUGGUGUGUGUGUGAGGUCCUGCUGGGCUUCCUCUGGCCUCUCCUCCACUCUCCCCUGGCCUGGGCAUCAGCCACCUGGCCUCCCCCUCUGUUACGCAGACCCUAGAGGUGUUCUCUCUCCUGUCUUGGCCACCACGUGCCAGGCCUCUACUGGCACAUCCACCUUCCCCUCAGGCUGCUGGCACAUGCAGUUCUCCUUCAGGAGGGCUUCCUGGGCCUCUAAAGACCCCUUUACCCCCAAGUGCUACAACUGCCAUUGUCACGUUGCCUGUUUAUCUGCAGGAACCAGGUCGGCCACUUAGUCUCGACAGCAGAGGCAUGAACCCAGGAAGGAGCUGCCUGAUGUCCCCACCCUGGUCCUGGGUCUACUUGGCUGGGGAGAGGGACAGGGAGGGAGGGCCAAGAGCUGGUGCCUGAGGACUGCUUGGAUCCAGCCCAGACUUAGGACUGCCUCUCUCCCAGAGAAUCCCGGCUGUCACCACCCAAAAAUAGCCUGUGUCUGUGGGCAAGUAUACCAGUGCUUGGCCACACUGCCAGUGGGCACAGUACAAGGAGACAAGGACAGCUGCAGGGGGGGCUUCCUGCCUUAGUGCAGUGCUACUGUGGUGUGUCCUAAAGCCCUGCAUCCUCUGUAUGUCCUUGACACCACCUGGCCCUCUGCCCCGCAGGUGAUUGGGCUGCUGGAUGUGUUCACUCCUGAUGAGACCCUGGAUGACUUCACAGACUUCCUACUGCACACCUUCCCGUGUUCCUGGGACCCACCGACGCUGGCAGGCCUGGGAAGAGCUGGGGCUUCCUCUUCCCUCCAGCCUGGCGCCUGGGCCCUUCAUGUUGGAGGUGUGAACCCUGGACCCAAGCUACCUUGUGAUGCCAUUCAUGGGCACUGACCUGGGCAAACUCAUGAAGCAUGAGACCCUGAGUGAGGACCGAGUCCAGUUCCUGGUGUAUCAGAUGCUGAAGGGGCUGAGGUAUAUCCAUGCUGCUGGUGUCAUCCACAGGGACCUGAAGCCUGGCAACCUGGCUGUGAACGAGGACUGUGAGCUGAAGAUCCUGGACUUUGGUCUGGCCAGGCAAGCAGACAGCGAGAUGACAGGGUAUGUGGUGACCCGGUGGUACCGGGCACCCGAGGUCAUCUUGAAUUGGAUGCGCUACACACAGACAGUGGACAUCUGGUCGGUGGGCUGCAUCAUGGCGGAGAUGAUUACAGGGAAGAUACUGUUUAAGGGCAAUGACCACCUGGACCAGCUGAAGGAGAUCAUGAAGGUGACAGGAACACCUCCUGCCGAGUUUGUGCAGAAGCUGCAGAGUGCUGAGGCCAAGAACUACAUGAAGGGCCUCCCUGAGCUGGAGAAGAAGGAUUUCGCCUCUGUCCUGACCAAUGCAAGCCCUCUGGCUGUGGAUCUCCUGGAGAAGAUGCUGGUGCUGGAUGCAGAGCAGCGGGUGACGGCGGCUGAGGCACUGGCCCACCCAUACUUUGAAUCCCUGCACGACACAGAGGACGAACCCAAGGCCCAGAAGUAUGACGAUUCCUUUGAUGAUGUGGACCGCACCCUGGAUGAGUGGAAGCGUGUCACUUAUAAAGAAGUGCUAAGCUUCAAGCCUCCCAGGCAGCUGGGUGCUAGGGUUCCCAAGGAGACGGCCCUGUGAAGACCCCUGGGUGACAUAGGAAUAUGCUAAGAACUCUGGAUGGGAGCCUCAUGCCUUAGCCUCCCUUCACUGGGAGGGAUCCUGAUUAUCACUGUGGCCUUGCCUGGAACUUACAUCCUAGGGCAGCUGCUUGGAGAGGCCGAGUAGACUCCCUCUGUGAGUGGACUCCCUCUUUUCCCAAGUCUGUAUCCCUGCUCUUCGGUGCUCCCAGAGCAUCUUGACCUUAGGUGACCCUGGAGCAUCUUCGCUGUCUGCACAGUACCUCUGCCUAUCCUGGAAUGGAAUACGAACUCCCAUCACCUCCUGUUUCCCUGGGGCAGUUGGCUUUAUAGCUGGCCUUGGGCCUUGGGCUCUGGAGCAGUGGUCCCUUCCAACAGGGCGCAGCAAAAAGCUCAGAGAUGUUAUGGCUCAGGGUCAAGUGCUGGCCUCUGAGCCCUGCCUGCUCUGGACUGUGCAGAGUUCAGCUCUCAAGAAAAGGAGAGGAAGGGCAGUGGGCUUUGACUCAGGGACAUCAUCUCUCCUGGGGAUGCUCAUCAUGGAUUUUCCUGCAAACCCAACCUGGAGUGUAAACCAGACAUUUGGUGUGCCCAUCUGGCCAGAAGGAAAUAAACCCUUUUGUAGACCUUCCA